GCCGGCCGCGAGGCCGAGGGCGAGCGAAGCGGGCGCAGCCACCACCUCCUCCAGCCGCUCCUGCGCGGGGCUGUUUGGCGGCGACACGGACCUCCCCAGGCAGAGGCCCUGCGGGUCGCGCGUCGCCAUGGGCUCGAGCUGGAGCAGCGAGGAGGAGGAGCGGCAGCCGCUCCUGGGGCCGGGGCAUGGGCCUAGGCCGGGAGCUGUCUGGAGGAGCCGGGAGGCGGCGGCGGCCGCUGUGCUGCCGGCGGCGGUCCCGGGUCCCGGGCGGGUGUACGGGCGCCGCUGGCUGGUGCUGCUGCUCUUCUCGCUGCUCGCGUUCGCGCAGGGCCUGGUCUGGAACACCUGGGGCCCCAUCCAGAACUCGGCGCGCCAGGCCUACGGCUUCUCCAGCUGGGACAUCGCGCUGCUGGUCCUGUGGGGGCCCAUCGGCUUCCUGCCCUGCUUCGCGUUCAUGUGGCUCCUGGACAAGAGAGGUCUUCGGAUAACUGUGCUUCUGACAUCCUUCCUCAUGGUUUUGGGAACUGGUCUGAGAUGCAUUCCUGUGUCAGACUUAAUGCUUAAAAGAAGACUAAUCCACGCAGGACAGAUGUUAAAUGGAUUGGCAGGUCCGACAGUGAUGAACGCAGCUCCAUUCCUGUCGACGACAUGGUUUUCUGCAGACGAACGAGCUACUGCCACAGCGAUCGCGUCAAUGCUCAGUUACCUCGGUGGAGCGUGUGCGUUCUUAGUCGGACCACUUGUUGUUCCAGCUCCAAAUGGGACUUCACCUCUUCUUGCAGCCGAGGGUAGCAGAGCCCAAAUUAAAGAUCGCAUAGAGACUGUGUUAUAUGCAGAAUUUGGAGCUGUCUGCUUGAUAUUUUCUGCGACACUCGCUUACUUCCCACCUCGGCCUCCUCUCCCUCCCAGCGUUGCUGCAGCGAGCCAGCGGCUGAGUUACCGGCGGAGCUUUUGUAGAUUAUUGAGUAAUUUGAGAUUUUUGAUGAUUGCUUUAGCAUAUGCCAUACCACUCGGUGUAUUUGCUGGCUGGUCUGGAGUUCUGGACUUAAUUUUGACACCAGUGCAUGUGAGCCAAGUAGAUGCUGGCUGGAUUGGAUUUUGGUCCAUAGUUGGAGGCUGUGUUGUUGGAAUAGCAAUGGCAAGGUUCGCCGAUUUUAUCAGGGGCAUGCUGAAACUAAUCCUUCUCCUCCUGUUUUCUGGGGCUACUCUGUCAUCCACAUGGUUCACCCUGACCUGUUUGAACAGCAUCACCCAUCUGCCUUUAACCACAGUGACAUUGUACGCCUCCUGUAUUCUCCUGGGAGUGUUCUUGAAUAGCAGUGUACCUAUAUUUUUUGAGCUUUUUGUGGAAACCGUCUACCCAGUUCCAGAAGGAAUUACUUGUGGAGUUGUCACUUUUUUAAGUAAUAUGUUCAUGGGAGUACUUCUGUUUUUUCUCACAUUUUAUCAUACAGAAUUGUCUUGGUUCAACUGGUGCCUUCCCGGGUCGUGUUUGCUCAGUCUUCUCCUCAUUCUGUGCUUCAGGGAAUCCUAUGACAGACUCUAUCUUGAUGUGGUUGUCUCAGUGUAAUGGAACAGACUUGAAGGAGUUUAAAAAGAGACGAAAUCAAUACUGCAUACUGCACAUUUGCUUGGAAUUGCACAUCUAACAGGAAAAAAAAAGGAGAAAAGAAAACUUCAUUCCGAGGUUUUGUUAGACGACAGAUUAUCAUAUUAAUUUAACUACUGCUAGGUAAUGCCGCAGGACUUAAGUGGUAAUUAAAGACUUUUUAAAAACGAUGUAAACGGCAUAACUAUGCCUGCUACUUGGAUUGGAAGUGUGAUGUCUUACACAUAAAACACUACCUAAAUAAUUUCCUCCACAUUUUUGUGUCAGUGCUAAACUACUGAUCGAUAUUAAUUGUAAUUAUGCAAAAAAAAAAUUUAAAGGGUGUCUAUGAUAUAACGAUAACUCCUUCCCCAAGUCACAUAUCAGAAUAGGAAGCUAUGCCACUAACUUCUUAAAGAAAGAAAUUCAAACUCUGUAUCAGAUUUUAACUAUAAAAUAGCCAAGGGGCGUGUAGAUAAUAGACAUUAGCCACAUGUACACUACAUUUUUUUCUAAUAAAGCCAUUUCUUAUAUGACUCCUUA